AUGGAGCGGAGCGCUUUCCUCUGCGGCGCGUGCUCUUCGUGGGGAUGCCGGUGUCAGCCACGCCAGGGUCCAGGUGAGACGGUAGCGGCCCACAGCAUGCAGCCCCCGGUCCUGACCCCGGUCCCGGCCCCCGACCGGGCGGAGGAGCACGUGGAGCCGGCCGCGGCCCCGCUGUGCUGCGCGGGGGGCGGAGAGAGCACGAGCCCCGGGCCGCCCUCGCCGCCCCCGCGCUGCUCGCUGCAGGACCUGCCUCUGGAGCUGCUGGAGGCGAUCUUCGCCUUGCUCCCUGUCAUCGACCUGCCCAGCCUGGCCCAGGCCUGCGCCCAGUUCCGCAGCAUCCUGCGCACCGACAGCAUCUGGAGACGGCGCUGCCGGGAGGAGUACGGCGCUUGUGGGAACUUUCAGGACCUGCAGGCGAUGGGUUUGUCUUGCCGAGAAUUCUAUACGAAGCUGCUCCACCCGUACAGAAACAUUUUGGGAUUGUGGCGGCUCGAUACGGAGGCCCGUAGAGAACUGCUGAAGGUGGCGGUGGACGGCGUAGGCAUCACUGGUUGGAAGUACCUGCCUCCUCCCAAUUACCCCGAUGUGGAUGUCCCGAUGCAAUGGAAGCCCUCGUUUAGGAUUCACCUGACGGAGAGGAAGUCAGCCACGGUGGAGUGCUUGGAGGACUACAGCAGGCCCCGCAACUGCCUCCACUACACCGAGGGGUCCCACCAAUGCCACCUGACGAUUCAGAAGGAUGAGUUCACCAUCAGGUGUAACCACAGGAUGUCCGCGUGGUUCCAAAGCCGUCAGAUGCUGCUGGACUCCCGGUUGUUACGAUUCCGUGAUUCCGACUGCCUGACCUACCGCCGCGUCUACCUCCCGCCCAGCCAACCCGGCGACCUCAUCCGGCCAGGCUUCUUCAAAGGCUCCUACCACGCCUUCAGCCUAAAGGUGGCCGUGCUCAGCUUCCAUGGGAAGUACGCCAGGGCCACGAAGAUCGGGGGAGACCCCAUCUUCUCUGCCUGGAAGGAGACGUUAGAGAUCCACCUCCUGCACCGCAUCCAGCUGCCAGACGUGAAGAUUCUCCUCCGCGACUUCGAGGCGCUCUCCCACACCGUCCAGGAGAUGGACGAGCAGGUGAUCCAGGAGCAGCAGGAGGAAGAGGGCCAGGGCUGGCAGGGCCUUCCCCAGCCCGGCGUCAGGGAGGCCAGGGCUGCAGCUCUGGAGGAGCAGCCUGCCCACAGCUUUGUUCUGCCUGAGGGUGAGUACUCCGUAGACGGGAACUGCCCCCGAACCUACAGGAUGUGUUUCUACGGCGUGAACAUUGUCCACUUCUAUGGCUCCAUCACCCCCCAGCGCUUCCCUGGAAUCUUCAUCCUGUUCGAUGAGAACCACUUCGGGUUCCUGUGUGUGGAGCGGAGACUCUUGUCCCUGUACAGCAGAAUCCUGGACACCUUCAAGAAUGUGGACGCACCUUCCCCACAGGCCUUCCUGGAGAUGCUCAGGAGCAUUCAGGCCCCAUGUGAAGACUUAACUUGGUCAACUUGGUCAGAUUAG